UUAAGACCGGAUCAUUCACUUCCUCUAACGAACGCGCAGCGAGCGGCACCUGUCAACUUCCAUACACUCCUCUCAGUCUCAGUGUGCCUCCCCAAACCUCACCUUCACUGUUCCUCGCUCAAUGUUUCAGCUGCUCCACCAUUUCCAAAAUUUCCAAAAUUCCCCAAUAAACAAGUAAAAUUAAAAAAUGGCUUCUCAUCCCGGAGAUUUGCUUCGCCGUCUUCCAUUUCCUCUGCUCUCAAUUCGACCAAAUCAAAGGUGUUAUCUCUUAUUUCUCUUCAAUCAGAGUACUGGAACUCGGUGGUUCAGUAGCAGAACCGAGUCAAAUCGGGCCGAGUUCACCUCAGAGAACGCCUAUGAGGUCUUAGGCGUUUCAGAAACCAGCUCAUUUGCCGAAAUCAAAGCGUCUUUCCACAAAUUGGCGAAACAGACUCAUCCGGACCUCGCCGAGUCCACGAACGAUUCCGAUGCUUCUCGCAGAUUCGUGCAAAUCCUCGCCGCCUAUGAGAUUCUUUCAGAUUGUGAAAAGAGGGCCCAUUAUGACAGGGACCUGUUAUCUCAGAGAAAUUUUAUGCAGAAACAUUCUGGGUGCGGCAUGACAUUGCACAUGUACAAGCGUCAUCUAACUACAUAUAAGCGGAUGGAAGUUGUUGAAUGGUUGAAGUGGUAUAGACUUGCUAUAAAUGAUGUGCUGUCAGAGAGGAAGGUGGUUGUUGGAACAGGUUAUUUUGAUGUUCUUGAGGGAGAUUUUUAUUCAGCUGUACGUGCGGCGUACUAUGGCCCUCUAAUUGAGUCUAUGGACCUUCUUCCUGACUGCUUUGAAGCUGAAGAGAGAUCUGUGUGUGAAACUCCAGAGGUGCUGCAUUUGGUUUCAGGCCGUGAUCUUUUUGGGAUGGUCUGCCUGGUCAAUAUAGUUCCAGAGUUAUCAUCUUACAGCAAUAAGAAAUUAAGUUAUUCCACAUCUGCGGGUUUGGGGAUUUGUCAAUCUGUUCAGGACUUGAGCAUCUGCAUGAACUCUGGUGGUGUUGAUGAUGCUGGAAAUGCUCAUGUGCGAACCUGGGAUGUUACAGAUGAAACAUCAGAUGCAUAUAAAGAUUUAGAAUUGCAUAUAUCUGGGAGGGUGGUUGCUACAGCCACCAGAGCCCCUCCAAAAAGCUACUCUGAUGGGAUGCAGAAUGAAGAGUCUGAUCACAUUCAUGUAUAUCUGAGCUCUAAUGAAAAUCCUGUCCAUACCAGCGAAGGGUUUACUGAAGAUUCUUUUUCAGAUGCUGCCGUUGGAUCGAGGAUUCUAAUGGGAACUAUAACCGGAUUAGGGACUAGCUCAGAAGAAGGGUCUUGCCUUGUCUACAAUAGCAGUGGUACCAAAACCCAUGUGAUUAUGAAGCAUAGAACAUUGCUGGUGAAACACAUGUUUUGGUAUGAAUUGGGAGAAAAGGUUUCUGUUUGUGAGUGUAGAUGCAGUAGAGCCCGGUUACCACCAAGCAAAUUUUGGCUGUUUGAGCCUCGCUGUGGCAUGCAUGAUAUAGGUGGUUGGUAUAUUGAAACAUUUGGCAGAGAUAAGAAAGGCCGGAUGUUGCCAUCACAACGGUAUUGGGAUGGCUUUGAUGCAGGCAAACAAUUUGAACAGAGACUCCAUCCUGCAAUGUAUCUUCUUGCUCUUGCAUAUAGAACUUUGGAUCUUGAAGAUGCAAAAAGAAGGAAAAGUGCAUUCAGGGAUGUUGUUGACAAACGGAUUUUUAAAAUUCUCAAUUGGGGCAAAAGACUUGUUUAUUAGGUAUAUUAGUUGGGGAACUACACACCAUGGGUUCUACAGCUCUCUUGCAUGGUAAAUGCCUCUUUUCUGAGAUCCAAGGAUUCAUCGUUGAUUUUGCUUUGCUCUAAUCAGGGUGUCAGAUUGCUUACACAUCUGCAAUUAGUGCAAAAGCAAUGAUCCUGUAUCCUGUUAUUAGUUUUCACCAUGAUGAUAGCAUACAGUUGAAGGUCAAUUGUCUAGUGUUUGCGGAACUUUUUUGGGAGAGAUAUCCUUUGGGGCUCUCAUACACUAUAAUUUGGUGUAGCAAUUAGCAUUCAUGAUCACAAAUGGCUCUUCGCAUCUUUUUGAAGUACAGCUAUUUAGAGCUUGCAAUUGGUGCUACAAACUUGUUUGUAAGGGAUAUUGCUUGUGGCUUCACACUAAUUUGGCUGAGCUAUCUGCCGUGGUAGAAUGCUUGAUUUCUGACAUCAGAGGCUCUGUUGUUGAUUUCUUGCAAACCUCACUAAUCAAGGUUGUUUGGAUACCAAGUAUGGCUGGCAGUGAUUGGUGUUGAAGAAGAUGACUUUUCAUCCUGCUAUCAAGACUUGUAAAGAUUAUCAUUUAGAUAUUUAGGACUGUCUAGUUGUUCCUUCAGGAAGUUCAUUUGGCAAAAAGCGUUGAGGUGGUAGUAGAUAAUGUGGAAGCAAACCAAUGGUAUUUUGAUGUGUCUCACAUAGCUAUGAUAUAUAUUUUCCUCGUUUUUAA